AUGUCUAAGAUCCGCCGCUUGCACGCAAACAAUGUCGCGACGCUUCGAAAAUCCCCCCUAUCCGAGAUCUCGGGCUCGUUGGGCGAUCUCGGGACUCUGCUACCCCUCAUGAUCACUCUGGCGGUCAAUAACUCGAUUUCCUUGUCCACGACCCUCGUCCUCUCGGGCUUGUGGAAUAUCCUGACGGGCGUAUUCUUUGGGAUCCCCCUCCCGGUCCAGCCUAUGAAGGCCAUCGCCGCCGUCGCCAUCUCGAGGAAGUUCUCCGUCGAAGAGACCGUCUCGGCCGGUUUCACCACGGCCGGCGUCGUCUUCCUCUUCAGCAUCACGGGCCUUCUGCAGUGGUUCACCCACGUGAUCCCCACUCCCGUCGUGAAAGGGAUCCAAGUGGGCGCAGGACUCUCCCUCGUCAUAUCCGCCGGCACCAGUCUCCUCCAGCCUCUCGGAUGGAGCCAACCCUCAGCCGCCGACAACCUGCCCUGGGCCAUCUUCGCCUUCCUGAGCCUCCUGCUCACGCAGGGCUCCCCACGCGUUCCUUACGCCCUCCUGAUCUUCCUCCUCGGGCUCCUCCUCUCCUUCACGCUCGCCGGGAGUGCCAAUCUGCCCUCCUUCCAGCUCUGGCGUCCCCACUUCAUCCUCCCCUCCUGGCCCGCCUUCCGCACCGGCGCCCUCGACGCCGGACUCGGCCAAAUCCCCCUCACGACGCUGAACUCCAUCAUCGCCGUGCACCACCUCUCCGCGGACCUACUGCCGCACCUGCCCACACCAAGCGUAUCAUCCAUCGGGCUCAGCGUCGCCAUCAUGAACCUCAUCGGCGGCUGGUUCGGCGCCAUGCCAGUCUGUCACGGGUCGGGCGGGCUCGCCGCACAGUUCCGCUUCGGCGCGCGCAGCGGGGCUAGCGUGAUGCUUCUCGGCCUAUUCAAGAUCCUGCUCGGCGUCAUGUUCGGCGAGUCGCUCGUCCAGCUGCUACGCGCAUACCCCAAGAGCCUGCUCGGUAUCAUGGUGCUAGCCGCCGGUCUCGAACUCGCCAAGGUAGGCGAGAGUUUGAACCACGGGGCGCGAGACUUAGACCUCGGUGAUGAAAGUACUAGUACUAGUCCCGAACACCAGCAGCAGAGAGAACUCUCGGAGAAAGAAAGAAAAGAGAGAUGGAAUGUGAUGUUCAUGACGGUGGGCGGUCUGCUAGCGUUUCGGAAUGAUGGGGUGGGCUUCGUGGCCGGGCUUGGAGACAGAGGGGCAGGGGAGAGGAGGAAGUGGGCUUGUUGGUUGAUGAUGAAUGAUGAUGAAUGA